GCCUACGAUGGCUACCACCGGUGACCUCAGUGCAAACCCUCCACCUGCUCUGGGAAAGCUGGUCACGGUUCUGAGCAUAGAUGGAGGCGGCGUGCGUGGGCUGAUCCCAGCAACCCUGCUUGCCUUCCUGGAAUCCAAGCUCCAAGAACUCGAUGGAGCAGACGCGAGAAUAGCAGACUACUUCGACGUGAUUGCUGGAACGAGCACCGGAGGACUCGUCACCGCCAUGCUCACGGCACCGGAUAAGGAUAAAAGACCACUUUUUACUGCAAAGCAAAUCAUUCAGUUCUAUCUUGAUAAUUGCCCAAAGAUCUUCCCACGGAAGAAAGCUGGUCUUCUCAAUCCACUGCUGAAUCUGUUUGGAGCAGUCACCGGACCUAAGUACGAUGGCAAGUAUCUGCACUCCAAAGUACAGCAACUGCUGGGUGAUACGAAGCUUAGUCAAACCCUAACCAACGUAGUCAUCCCUACCUUUGACAUCAAGUUUCUUCAACCCAUCAUCUUCUCAACCUUUGAGACGAAGUCCACGCCAUUGAAGGAUGCUCUUCUGUCGGAUGUUUGCGUUAGCACAUCUGCAGCUCCGACGUACCUCCCCGGCCAUUGCUUCGAGACCAAAGACGAUGAAGGGAGCACUCGGGAGUUCAACCUUAUCGAUGGUGGUGUGGCAGCAAACAAUCCUACUCUAACUGCGAUGAACCAAGUGACGAAGGAGAUCUUCAUGGAGAAUGCUGAUUUCUUUCCGAUCAAGCCAGUGGACUACGGCAGGUUCCUCGUCAUCUCCCUCGGCACCGGAUCGAACAAGCAGGAGGAAAGGUUUAGCGCAGAAGAGAGUGGGAAGUGGGGGUUGCUCGGGUGGCUCUACAACAAGGGCACGACUCCCAUCAUCGACAUCUUCUCUCAGGCGAGCGCAGACAUGGUGGACAUCCAUGCCUCCGUUCUCUUCCAAGCGCUCCAUUCCGAGCAGCAUUACUUGCGGAUUCAGGAGGACGCUCUGGUCGGAGACACGGCGUCGGUGGACGUAUCGACGAGGGAGAACUUGGAGAAGCUGAUGGAAGUCGGCGGCAACCUCCUCAAGAAGCCGGUGUCGAGGGUGAACCUGGAGAACGGGACCUUCGAGCCAUGCGACGGAGAGGGGACAAACGAAGAAGCCCUGACUCGAUUCGCUCGCCGGCUUUCCAGCGAACGAAAGCUGAGGAAUUCGAAGUUACCGCUCUGAUCUUACUGCGUCCGCUCAGUGUUAGCGAUCGGUGCGUUGAAGAAGUGUGGAUUUCUUUGGCAUGCAUGCAGCCAUAGAUUAUACCUUUCAUGCAGACGAACGUUGCACGCAUGCACGCUGAUUGCGCGUACGUAUAGUGCUCGAUGAAAUGAUCCCAAAAAGCAUCGAAGAAAUGUGGAGCGUAAAUAAAUUAUAAUA